AUGGAAUGAGAACCUCUGAGUGGUAGACCGAGACGAUUCGCCUGGUGAUAGGAUGUGAACAAAGUGACAGCUUGUGAGAAAUUUUGUUGACGUUUGUGGUUGACAUUUGUGUGACUAAAAUUAUUCACUGCGAUGGAUCCGGCAUUGUUGAGAGAGCGGGAGCUCUUCAAAAAAAGAGCACUUACGACUCCUACGGUAGAGAAAAAGAAGAAGGAACAAGAAAAAGAUUCUUCUCGAGAUGAACCACUCAAGAAAAAACCGAAACCAUCUUCUGUGUCCAGCGGGCCAAAGCUGGACAUGGUUAACUAUAAAACUAUGUCCGGUAGCACCCAGUAUAAGUUUGGCGUAUUAGCAAAAAUAGUAAAACAUAUGAAAGCUCGGCAUCAAGAAGGAGACGAUCAUCCUUUAACGUUAGAAGAAAUUUUAGAUGAAACUAAUCAAUUAGAUGUGGGAUCUAAGGUAAAACAAUGGCUCCAAACGGAAGCUCUCAUAAAAAAUCCAAAGAUAGAAGUGACGCAUGACAAUAGAUUUGUAUUCAAAGCUAUGUAUAAAAUCAAAGAUAAAAAAUCUUUGCUGAGGUUAUUGAAGCAACAAGAUCUAAAAGGUCUUGGCGGAAUCUUGUUGGAGGAUAUACAGGAAAGCUUGCCGCACUGUGAUAAACAUUUAAAGAGUUUACAAAACGAGAUAUUAUUCAUAACUAGACCUUUAGACAAAAAGAAAAUCGUCUUUUAUAAUGAUAAAACGGCUCAAUUUCCAAUAGACGAUGAAUUUCAAAAAUUAUGGAGAGCCGUCGCAGUCGAUGCAAUGGAUGAUCAAAAAAUUGAUGAAUAUCUUGAGAAACAAGGUAUACGAUCGAUGCAAGAUCACGGUCCUAAAAAGCCUGCACCGAUGAAAAGAAAGAAACCUAUUAAUAAGAGAAAGCAAUUCAAAAAGCCAAGAGAUAAUGAACAUUUAGCAGAUGUUUUAGAAACGUACGAUGAUACGAAAUAAAUACACAUGAAUUUUUGUACAUAAAGGUAACAGAUAUCUGAACCGUUUAUAAAGAGUUUUAUCAUUGUAACUCUUUUCUCGUAUAUUGUGAUUACAAUACAGACUCUAUUUUGAAGAUAUGAUCAUAUCACAGUGAUAUAAUAAAUAAGUAAAAUAUUUAUUGUCAUAACUUUUCAUUAUAAGUACAAAAUAAAUAUAGAUCAACUGAUAAAAGAUUC